CUCGGAAUUAAAAACUUUUUUUCGUUUUAAAAUAUAAAAAUAUACUCAAUUUAUGUAUGUGUUUAUUUGUUUUAUAUGAUUUGUUGACGUGUGUUAGUGAUGCAAUUUCUUUCAAUUCAUUAUGGAAUGCAUAAGAAUAUAAUAAAAGCAACCGUGACUGAAAAGUAAAGUUACUACAAAUCAAAAUAGUUAAGCUGAUAUGUCAAUUUUGUGAAUGUCAGCAAAAAUAAUAAAAAUUUUAUACAAUGGCUGACGUGGAAAUUCCAAUUACUGGAGAAAUUCAAUCUUCAGAUGAUAAACAAUCGAAUUCUAAACGAUUUUUGUCGCAACUUGCGCUUCCACCAUUGGGACAAUUUACUUACCCACAAGCUCAAGAAUGGGUUCAACAAAAGAAAGCUAAUGUCAAACCAUGGGCAUUAUUUUUAAAUAGCAAUAAUUUUAGACCACCUCCAAGUAUUACAAGAUUGAGUAAACGAGUAUUGAAAAAUAUAGAAUACUUCCAAAGUAAUUAUUUAUUUGUAUUCAUCAUCCUCGUUAUUUAUGUUCUAAUAACAUCUCCACUAUUGUUAAUUGCCGUGGCAGGAUCAGUUGGAAUUUGUUAUAAAAUUUCACAAAAACACACAACAAUUUUUAAUAAUAAACUAACUCUUCCUCAAGUUUAUACAUUGGUCGGCGUAUGUUGUCUUCCUUUGUUUUAUUUAGUCGGAGCUGGAGCAGCAAUCUUUUGGGUUCUCGGUGUUUCCUGUUUUUUGAUAACAAUUCAUGCCAGUUUUUACAAUAUCGAUUCAAUUCUUUGUCCUGGCGAAGAUGAACUUAAUUUACUGCAAGAAGUAUAAAAUUUAUAACUCACAGACAAGUUAAUAUUAACAAGUGUCUUAUGUCCUACAUUAUAUAAAAAAAAAAAGAAAAUGAAAACUAAGUCUCUCAAUUUCAAAAAAAACUGAAGAUUUAUGAAUUUUAUUAACAAUUGUUAUGUAAUAUAAUAUAUUUAUAUACAUUAUUAUAAUAUAAUAUAAUUUUGAGAAAAGAUUAUUAAUAAAUUUAAUAUUAAGAAUUUAUUGUAAAAACUUAUCAUUUUUAUAAAUUGAAUAAAAAUUUUAAUAUUUCUUGAAA